AUGUUCUUGCAAAUUCCUCGCGAGUUGCGUGAUCAAAUCUAUGUCUGUCUCUUCGCCUCAACCAGAAUUACUUUCGGCGAAAAGUACAUUAGCCGGAUCACCACAAAGACAAUGAAGCCUGCGCCCAAUUCUCUAGCCAUUCUUCGGACCUGCCGUCAGAUCAAUCAAGAAGCCGGAGCCUUUUGGCUCGGCCACGUCUUGUUCAACUUCGAACAUCCAGAGGAUCUGCUCGACAAGCUUUCUAAAUUGCCUCCAACCACCCUUUCGCAGAUCCGUCAUCUCCGCACUAGUGGACGUCCCUUGAUGCUUCAGCCAAUUGGAUACGGUGAUGAUGUGUUUUAUAGGCUGGUAUGGGCACUGAAGCUGCUGCCAGGAUUGCGCCUGCAUAGACUCACCGUUCUCGGAGGGUCUAGCGGUGAAAUUGGCUAUGAUACCCUUGACGGAUUGAUCAAGUAUGGGAAUGGAUGGAGAGAGUUGCGAUUCAUCACACUUGACUCUGCAAUGCACCAGUUCACCGAGAUGGAUUUCCUGGGAAACCUUGACUGGGACAAGCCUCAACCAAGUACUUGGGAAGAAAUUCUACGUCAGCGCGACGGUGCAGAUUCUGGAGCUUCGAUCACCAUUUAUCGCUCCAUCCAAUCUGAUGCGCCUGGUGCGGUCAUGAACCCCUACAGACGUCAAAUUCUUGAAGGUGCCCUUCCCAGAGAACCCGGAAAGCUUGGCGUAACAGAUACAGAAAACAUGGAGUUGAGGGCAAAGGAAGAGGGGAAAGAGGUUCUUUUCGUCGUGAAGCGUGGUCAUGCUGCUGAAAUUGCGGAACAAGACGGACCUCCUUACACAUUGGAGGAUGAUAUUCGCCAAUGGGCGCAUGGCAUGACCUGGAACGAGAUCCGUCGCCAGUGCAUCGACUUCCAUGUGGAUGAAGACAUGGAUGUGGAUGACUUCUUCCACACGGAAAAGGAUGAUGAAGUUGAGGUCAACAAUUACAAAGAUGUCGACGAGUAUGAAUGGGAUCCUGUCAACUGA